AUGCUUCGAGGAGAAAAAGACACAAUGGCAGGGAAUUCAUCUAGUCCAUUACCGGACCCGACAAGGGAUCUGAAUUGGAAUGGUUUCAAAGGACCAAUCCACCAAAUCUUUGCUCGCAACGCGGUUGCCCACCCAGAGAGGCUCUGCGUUGUUGAAACUAAGGGUCAACAAAGCCCCGAGCGUCAAUUCACCUAUAAACAAAUCAACGAGACCUCCAAUCAGCUAGCCCACUUCUUUGUAUCGAAUGGAUGCGAACGCGGAGAUGUCGUCAUGGUUUAUGCUCACCGGGGCGUGGACCUGGUGGUCGCAUAUAUGGGAGCUCUGAAGGCCGGCGCAACGGUCAGCGUAUUAGAUCCACUUUAUCCCCAGGAUCGUCAGAAGACGUUGUUAGAAGUCGCCAACCCUCGAUUCCUCGUUCAUAUCCAGCGAGCAGCUGAAGAGGCCGGUCCUAUCGGUGAAUCAGUGUCCCAAUUUGUUGCGGAAAAUUUACAAAUCAAAGCUCAUGUCCCGGCGCUGAAGCUCCUAGACGAUGGAAAGCUUAUUGGCGGUUCUAGUGCUAGCGGAGAGCCAGACUGUCUCCAGGCUUAUGAGUCUCUCAAAGAACAGAUGCCAGAUGUUGAAAUUGGCCCUGACUCGGUACCCACUCUCAGUUUCACCAGUGGCUCGGAGGGUAAGCCCAAGGGUGUUCAAGGUCGACACUUCUCCUUGACUUACUUUACACCCUGGAUGCAAGAACGAUUUGGUCUUUCCAAGGAUGACAAAUUUACCAUGUUAUCUGGUAUCGCCCAUGACCCUAUUCAACGUGAUAUCUUUACACCGCUCUUCCUCGGCGCACAGAUUCUUGUGCCCCAUCGUGACAGCAUUGGACAUGAGCUCCUUGCUGAGUGGAUGAAGGAACAUAAGGCUACUGUCUCCCAUCUUACACCUGCCAUGGGUCAAAUCUUAGUUGGUGGUGCCAGUGCCCAGUUCCCUGCGCUCCACCACGUGUUCUUUGUCGGAGAUCUCUUGACCAAGAAGGACUCUCGUAGACUCCAAGAACUUGCCCCGAAUGCUGCUAUCGUGAAUAUGUACGGUACAACUGAGACCUCAAGAGCUGUGUCCUUCUUUGAAAUCCCAAGCAAGGCCCAGGAGCCUUCAUACCUUGAUGAUCUUCCAGAUAUCAUUCCUGUUGGUCAAGGGAUGCUUGACGUGCAGCUUUUGGUUGUUGACCGCGAGAAUCGUUCUCGUAUCUGCGACGUCGGAGAACAAGGUGAACUGUUCCUCCGUGCCGGUGGUCUUGCGGAGGGUUACCUUGGAGACGAUGAACGCACCCGUGAACUGAACGAAUCCAAAUUCUUGACCAACUGGUUUGUUGACCCCAGUGUUUGGACCAAGGAAUACGAACAAGUCGCUUCUCAGGCCCCUGAGCCUUGGAUGAAGCUAUAUAAGGGUCCCCGUGACCGCAUUUAUCGAACCGGUGAUCUUGGUCGAUUCCGUCCCGACGGCGCUGUGGAGUGCACUGGACGAGUUGAUAACCAAGUCAAGAUCCGUGGCUUCAGAAUUGAACUUGGUGAAAUUGACACUCACUUGUCUCAUCACCCCUUCAUUCGUGAAAACGUUACGCUCGUGCGGAGAGAUAAGGAUGAGGAGCCCACUCUGGUGAGCUACAUCGUUCCAGAGACGAAGCGAUGGUUCGAGCAGCUGGCUCAAGAUGGCAACCUUCCCGCCGAUCCAACCAAUGAGGAUGAAUCGCUGGUUGCUAUGCUGAAGAAGUUCCGUUCCUUGUCUGAAGAUUGCAAGAACUUUUUGAAGACCAAGGUUGCUUCUUACGCCGUACCAACCAUGUUCAUUCCACUUGCUCGCAUGCCCUUGAACCCCAACGGCAAGAUUGACAAGCCUGCUCUUCCCUUCCCGAGCACCAGUGAUCUGGCUCUUGUCAACCGACGGGCAUCAAGAAGCUCUUCCCUUCAAGUCUCCUUGACCGAGACCCAGCAGAAGAUUGCUGAUAUCUGGGCAUCGGUCCUGCCAAAUAUCACUGCUAGGAUGCUUGCACCUAAGUCCAACUUCUUUGAAGAAGGUGGACACUCCAUUCUUGCCCAACAGAUGCUUUUCAAGGUUAGAAGAGAAUGGAAGGAUAUUGACAUCCCCAUGGGUGCUAUCUUUCAGUCGCAGACUUUGGAAACAUUCUCUGCGGAAAUCGAACAUGCUCAGGAUCCUACUGGUCUCCGACUGGAUCAGAAUGUCCACGCUAGCUCCGCGAUUGUGGAUCAGGCAUACUCAGCGGAUGCUCGAGAGCUGGCCGCUCAUCUCCCGUCUACUAUUCCAAAGUCAACCACUUCCGAGGCCACCACAGCCUUCCUUACUGGUGCAACUGGUUUCCUCGGUUCUUACAUCCUCAAUGGCCUUUUGGAAUCCAAUAAGAACAUGCGUGUUAUCACGCAUGUGAGAUGCAAGGAUUCCGCUUCUGGUCUUCAGCGUCUUCGAGGCAUUGCUGAGGCAUAUGGACUUUGGCGCCAGGAAUGGGCCGGCCGUGUCGAGGUUGUUCCUGGUGACAUCGCCAAGCCUCAGCUUGGCAUGUCUACUCAGGACUGGGAUCGCAUUACCCAAGAAGCUGAUUUGGUCAUUCACAAUGGAGCCCAGGUCAACUGGAUGCUUCCGUACUCCAGCUUGCGUCAGGCUAACGUAUUGAGUACAAUGGAGUGUGUGACUCUUUGUACUUUCGGAAAGGCCAAGCGCCUCGCAUUCAUCAGUUCCACCUCAACUUUGGAUACCGAUCACUACUUCGAGAUCAACCAGAGUGGAUCCAAGGUCCUCGAAUCCGACGACCUAGAGGGCAGUGCCAAGGGCCUGGGCACCGGCUAUGGACAGUCGAAGUGGGCUAGCGAGUAUAUUGUUCGCGAAGCUGGCCGCCGUGGUCUGGCCGGUGUUGUCAUUCGCCCAGGUUAUAUUAUGGGUGACCCAGAGUCCGGCUUUUCCGUUACUGACGACUUCCUCUUGCGUCUGUGGAAGGGCUGUAUCCAGGUCAACGCACGCCCAGACAUCCCUGGAAAUAACAUCAACCAGGUCCCAGUUACCCACGUCAGCCGAAUCGUUGUCGCCUCAGUGCUGCACCCACCAGUUGAGCCUUUGGGAGUAGUGCAGGUUAUCAGCCACCCCCCAUUGACUACCAACGAGUGGCUCGGUUCAUUGGAGACCUAUGGCUACAAUGUACCUCAAGUCCCCUAUCGCGAAUGGUGCAACUUGUUGCAUAACUAUGUGGCUGAUGAGGGCAACACUGGCUCUAAGGAGCUUGCACUUCUUCCCUUGUUCCACUUUGUCGUUGGAGAUCUGCCAUCAAACUCUGUCGCGCGAGACCUUGACGAUGUCAAUGCCACUACUGCGCUGCGUUCCUUUGGUGUCUCUCCUGAAUUACUGAGCGAUCGCGCCGUCACCACAGACAUAAUUGGCCGUUACCUCGCCUUCCUGUCUGCCACUGGCUUCCUACCUAGCCCAUCUACUGCAGGUGCCAAGGCCCUUCCUCAAAUUGAUAGCGAGAGGUUGAAGGCCAUGGGUAGCCUUGGUGGAAGAUCGAAAUAA